UACUGUCACCCAUGAUAAUAAAAUUGUUGAUGCUUUAAUGCAAUCAGCGUAUUUAAAAAUAUUACAGUAAUUAUAUUUCGAAAUACCACCGUGUCAUUUGCGUUACCCUGAAAUAUGCACAGAAAUUUGCCUCAAAACAAAGAAGCGUUGUUGAAAUCCUACACUACGCGGUUGAAAGAAGAUGUAAAGAGUAUGCUGGACAAUUUUGAAGAGAUCAUUAAAUUGGCUAAAGGCGAAAAUGAGUCUCAAUUGAACAGGAUGACCCAAAUAGAACAAGACACAUUUGAAAUGCAAGUCCGAGCUGCUAAUAUUGUGCGAGCUGGAGAGUCCCUAAUGAAGCUGGUGUCUGAUAUAAAACAAUAUUUGAUUUUAAACGACUUUCCAUCAGUUAACGAAGCUAUCACUCAGAACUCAAAACUCUUCAGGACUAAGCAGCAAGAGUGUGACCAGAAAUUGAUGUCCUUACGAGAUGAUAUUGCCGCUGAUCUGUAUGACCUAGAAGAUGAAUAUUUUACUAGUAUAUAUAAAUAAUUAAUUUUAAUUGUAAUUGAUAAGCAUUUUAAUUUUAAUUGUACUUUACAUAAAAUCAUUAUUUCUUAAAAGA